UUUAGCCGAGUGAUAAUAUCGAAAAAAAAAUACGUAUCGAACGUCCAGAUCACGACAUCCGAGAACUUAUGAUCCACAUUAUUGAUACUCGCUAUUUGAUCCGCAAAUCAAUCAAUUAAUUUAAUUAGUCGAGCAUAGGAAAAUUGAUCUUCUCUCUGACCUUCAUUCCUCACACGUGCAUUCGACACGAUAAACCGUCUCCCUGACGUUUUCGCGCAAUCAUAGACAUUCAGCACGUGCGCGUCCCCCUCUCUCGCACUCAUCCCGCUCGUCCGCUCGUCUGCCACCUCUUGGCGACUCUAGCGCGAACUCGUCUCUGUCCCGACCCGAUAUCGCUCGUCCGCGAUACCGGUUUAACGCAUGCCACUGUGGAAGCAUUACAGAGCGUGGCGUCGAGUCCAUGAAAGUAGGCAGCGUAUUAAACGAAACCGAAAUCGUCGAAGAUGUUGCGAUUACACCACAUGAUCACUGUUAUGCUACCAUGUUUAGUCCGGACCGUUUUCGCGGACAAUUGCUCCAUCUCAUCGUAUCAAUGUGGCACACACUUCACCUGCCCGAGCAUCUUUGAACGUAACAAUGUUUGUCCGUUCAGCAGAAUGCCGGAACAACUGGAAGAGGUCAAAGGCAAGCUUGCCACUUUCGGUAUGGGCUGCUUCUGGGCGGGGGAUUCCCUCUUUGGAGUACUGCCUGGUGUCAUCAGAACCUGUGUUGGCUACGCUGGUGGGAUCAAGGAGUCUCCGGCAUACAAGAAUAUGGGAGAUCAUACCGAGGUCAUCAACAUCGAAUAUGAUCCAGAACUAAUAUCUUACACACAUCUAUUGAGCUUGUUUUGGAACAAUCAUGAAUAUAGUCUAACAAAGAAGAUUAAAAGACAGUACAUGUCAUUGAUUUUAUAUCAUGAUGAAGAACAAAAAUUACAAGCUGAAAAAUCUCGCGAGCAGGAACAGCGGAAGCGUGGAGAAGUCUUUGUCACAGAAAUUCAGAAGUUUUCAAAGUUUUAUCCAGCCGAAGAUUAUCAUCAGAAAUAUCGACUGCAGAAUCAUCCAUGGCUAGUUGAGACAUUGGGCUUCAACACACGAGAAAUUUUGUGUGAGUCUUCACUAGCAGCCAAGUUGAACGGUUACAUCGCGGGAGCUGGUACUCUGGAACAAUUUGAAAGAGAGUUACCGAAUUUAAAAUUAAAUGAGAAAUCGGUACAAUAUUUAACGAAAUAUAUUAUUGAGAAUCAAGGCAGUGGUUUGUACUGCUAGCAAAUCUAGUACAAUGGGAAAAAUGCAAAUAAUAUUUUUUACACUAACAAAUAUAGGUUGGACAUUCUCAAAUUCUUCGUAAGAAAAACGUACACAACUCGAUACAUACUAUAUAUUAUAUACACUGGAUAUCACAAAUGUCUU